UUCGAACACUGCGUUGCAACGUUGAUUGCGGCCUGCUGCCACUUGCCAGGACUUCAAGUAACUCGCAGGAGGAUAGUUCACAGAUUCCGAUUUCGCUGCCAGGAUGAAGGCGGCAAAGAGGGACACGAGUGACCCCCUUGAGGUGCAGCGCGCCAAAGGUGGCAGUGCCGGCAGCGGCGAUUUCGCUGCCAGGAUGAAGGCGGCAAAGAGGGACACGAGUGACCCCCUUGAGGUGCAGCGCGCCAGAGGCGCAACGGACGCCAGCGCGGCCACCAAGGAGAAGUUAGGCUACGCGCCGGGGCAGACCAGGUGGAUGGCGGCAGGGGAGGCCAGUGCCGCCGCCCGUGGACAGUCCAGCGUCCGGAAGUUCAUGCCGGACAUCCAUGCCUGGUUCAUGGAGAACUGGCGUGAUGAGAAGAAGCGGGGGAAGUGGGAGGCGGUGGUGGCUGCUCUUCCUCAGCUGAAGGACGCCAACGUGGACUCCCUCCGCACUGUCUAUGGCCGGUGGAAGCGGGAACAGGAGAAGAAGGAGAAGGAGGAGAAGAAGGAGCAGUAGGAGGAGGACUAGGGCUCUUGGUCCACCUCAUAGCCUAGGAUUAGGGGGAAAUUUGCAUGAAACUUCCGCCGACCGAGUAGUGCGCAUGCUUACUUCACAAACUCACCGUCAUUUGAUAGCCGAAGUUGAAGUGGUCAGGGUGGGGUGGGGGGCGGGGCGGAGGGCGGCGCAGGGGAGGGGGCAAGCAGGAACGUUGAAGGCAGGCAGGCAGGCAGGUGUCACAACACGACGAGAUUUGCUGCUUUCAAGAGGCCAUAUCUGGGCACAGAGAAGUACGGGGACGAGGGGCCUGCGGAGGUGAGCUGGCUGCCGUAAGAAGGCGGUGAAAACCGCCGUGUCUAGGACAAUGGACGAUGGAUGAUGGAUGAUGGACAAUGGACAAUGGGCAAUGAGCACUGACAGUCAGGGAGAACCUGUAAGAUGUGUUGAGCGUUGCUGUUUCAAUCAUAAAGGGCGAUCGCUUGCUGCGCUGGUAAUGACGCUGGAAGCCAAGGCGCUUUGCUGGGCGAUUGAGCCUUGCGACAGCGUUCCUGCAGCUGCUUCACGCUGUGGACAUCUUUCCCAGAGGUGUGUGAGAAAGACUGUCUGUAGCACAAGAAAAGCCUCGUUGAUG